CCCUCCCCUCCCUUUCUGUCCAUCCUGUCAGGAGAUGAGGUGGGAAGAUCCCGGAGGGUCACCUGAAGUUCCUGGAGAUAAGGCCUUCUACAGAGCGAGAUGCUGGUCUGCAGUCUGGGCCCGGGCGCUGUCCCCCUCCCUCCCGGGCAUCAGCGACUCACAAGCUUUCCCUCUUCCGUGUGGACCUCCUGGGCCUGCCUGCCUGGCCGCCUCGAAGGCCACCUUCACUGUGCUUUUCCUGCCUCCGGCUCUCUCUGCUGUCAUCUCGGGCGUUUUCUUGGCUGCUUGCGGUGGCUCUCAGUUCCAAUGCUUUCCGAUUCCUCAGGCCGGCUUGCCUCCUUGGGUCUCCUGGGAUCUUUACUUCUCGCCCCGAGCUGCUGCCCCAGCCCCUUCCCAUGGAUCCUCCACUCCCCUUUGGUCACCAUCUCUCCAUCUCUGGUUGGCUCCCUCUCGGCACCUCCCUGCCACGCACCUGGGUUCAGAAAUGGCGCAGGUUCGGGGCCGUGCUGUACGGACAGUCGGGCUGCGCCUUGGCCCGGCUGGAGCUCCAGGAGGGCCCGGAGAAGCCGCGCCGGGGAGAGGCUGCCCGGAGGGUGAUCCGCCUCAGUGACUGCCUGCGGGUGACGGAGGCCGGCGGGGAGGCCAGCAGCCCCAGGGACACCAGCGCCUUCUUCCUGGAGACCAGGGAGCGCCUGUACCUGCUGGCCGCCCCCACUGCCGAGCGUGGCCACUGGAUGCAGGCCAUCUGCCUCCUGGCCUUCCCGGGCCAGCGGAAGGAGCUGCCGGGGCCGGAGGGGCCGGGCAGCGGGCCCUGCAUGGAGGAGAACGAGCUGUACAGCAGCACCACCACAGGGGCCCCCUGCAAGGAGUUUGCUGUGACCAUGAGACCCACGGAGGCCAGUGAGAGGUGCCGGCUCCGGGGGGCCUACACCCUCCGGACUGGAAAGGGUGCCCUGGAGCUGUGGGGGGGCCCUGAGCCGCGUGCCCUUUUGUACGACUGGCCCUACAGGUUCCUGCGGCGCUUUGGGCGGGACAAGGUAACCUUUUCCUUCGAGGCAGGGCGGCGGUGCGUCUCCGGAGAGGGCAACUUUGAGUUCGAAACGCGGCAGGGCAAUGAGAUCUUUUUGGCCCUGGAAGAGGCCAUCUCUGCCCAGAAGAAUGUGCCCCCCGCUGGGCCGCAAACCCAGCCAGCCCCAGCCCCAGCCCCAGCCCCAGCCCCAGCCCCAGCCCCAGCCCCAGCAGCGCUGCCCCGGCCCGAGAGCCCGUACUCCCGGCCCCACGACUCACUGCCACCGCCUUCACCCAGCGCCCCUGCGCCCACGCCCCGGCCACGCGGCCCGGAGGGGGAAUACGCAGUGCCCUUCGAUGCCGUGGCCCGGAACCUGGGGAAGAGCCUGCGGGGCAUCCUGGUGGUCCCGCCCCAGCCCCGGGGUGACCCUCUGUAUGACAGCAUCGAGGAGCACCGGCCGUCCAGAUCCGACCACAUCUAUGACGAGCCCGAGGGGGUGGCAGUCCUGUCCCUGUAUGACAGCCCACAGGAGCCCCGGGGGGAGGCCUGGAGGAGGCAGGCCACAGCCGACGGAGCCCCCAGCGGCCCCCAGCACAGCUACCCCGUGGGGCAGGACUUCCCUGCUUCUGGCCUGCCGCAGGAAACCGAGUAUGACAACGUCAUUCUGAAGAAAGGCCCCAAGUGAUGGUGGGUGGAGAGUCUGGAGCCCACGGAAUGCCAGCACCGAGGCGGGCCUACCAGGAGGGGGCUGGAGGCUGGCGAGAAGGAGCGGGAGGGGGAAGGCAGGCCUCCCUUCGAGCUGCUGCUGCUCACUCCUGCCCACUCCGCCCAGGAGCCUCCCUCCGCUCCUCGCACCACAACCCGAGGACUCGUCCCUCCCUGGGUCUGCUGGGUCUGCUGCCUGAGUCAUGAUCCCGAAGCAGGAAGAAUGCCCCGAAGAGACCCACCCUCCUCCUACCCUUUCCCACUUCCUCUUGUUCUUUCCCGGGUCUAAGGGGAUCAACCUCAGGCUUUCAGGACAGAAGAGAAAAGCGUGUCGGCAAGUCGCUGGCUCCCCGGGCUUGCGCAGGCCUCCAGGCUCGCAGGGGGCGCUGCAGCUCUCUGCAGGCGUUGGACUUCUCUGUGGCAUUAAACGUUUCU